AUGUUUUCAUCUACGGUCUGGAGCGUCCUCGUCAGCUACUUGAUGAUUUCCAUCACUAGUGCCAUAGGAGUUGAUAACAUUGAGAGUGUGGUCUCGAUCAAAUCAGGCAAUGCUCCCACUUCGACAAUGGCCUCUGGACACUUGCCCGCAAUUGAACAAACUCCUCCACCUGAGACUGAUUCUCCGUUCAGAGAUGCUAUCAAAUCCUUCAGUAUCUACACUUCACCACCGUCAUCAAUCGCCUCGGGUCAGUCUGGUGCCAUUGCGGCAAGCACAACCUCUCUACUAACCGAAACUUCAACUUCAACUUUGGCCAUGGGGUCUGAUGUUCAGAUGCAAGCAACAUCCAUCACGACCACGAUCAACAUGAACACUCCCAGCAUGAUAUCACCUGAGCUCGGUGACAUGACUCAACUUGGAAACCCUAUUGGCGUUGUUACUACCACCUUUUCUCCUCCAGUGUCAACUGAUUCAGCUUCCGCUAGUGAAGGUAUCAGCUCAGCAAAUCCUACUACUUUAAUGACUGAAACAAGCUCAGCCAGUGCAACUCUAGACUCAGCUUCUUCGAUCGAAAUUACCUCGACUGUAGCAUCAGAGCCCUCCUCGACUGAAAUAGCAGUCAACUCACACCGCUCAAGCUCACACUCAUUGAGUGGAACAGCAAAGAUUGCUGUAAUUGUGGCACCUAUUGUCGGCCUCUUCAUGAUCGGACUGGGCAUCAUGAUCUGGUGGUUCGUCACCCGCCGCAAGGAGCAGAAACGCGCAGAUCGGCUGGCAUCCAAGGCGGUCUGGCUGGACCAAGACUACAUUGACUCCAUUCGAAAGAAGAUGAUGGGCAUGGAUGAGGAGAAAGUCGGUAACCCCAACCCCCAUCCCUCUGCUAUCAGCAAGCUCACCACGAUCGGAUGCACUACCACCGCGAACAUGGGCAAGAGACUUUCUGUGAUUGGCGAUUCUAUCCCAGGCAUGCGACGCACCACAAGAAGAGUCAGUGAAGCAGAAUACUUGGAAAUGUCAAAACGUCGCCAUGCCAGAAUCUUCGACGAUGAGGAUCUUGUCGAUACUGCUCUUGUCAUCAAGGCCCAUGGAGAGGAUCAAGAGUAUCAUAACCAGAACAGUUCCGACGAUGAUGUUCCAGACGUUGCGAAAACUCAAGAUGAUGUUGAAGCCGUUGACGAUGCAAUCACUCUCGCGAGCGGCGCUUUGCCCUCCACCCCUAUGCGUCAUUCGAUGAUCGAAUUUCCAUCCGCUGGCAUGCACGACUCGGAAAUGGCAGAUGUUUCUCCACACCGCCGUAGCGCCAGUGUCGUCAGCAGACUCAGUCAUCGGGUUGAGCGAGCCAUUCGACGCCGCAGCGGUAUGGAAGAGCUCUCUGGAUGA